AUGAAGAAGGGAGAAAGUACUCAGCUUCAGCGGGUAAUAGGAUAUUUCCAUGGAACAAUUGUUUUAUUUAGUAUGAUUAUAGGUGCAGGAAUAUUUGUUGCUCCUAAAGGAGUGUUAAAAUACUCCUCACUCAAUGUGGGAGUCUCCCUAAGCAUCUGGGCUGUUUGUGCUUUGGUAUCUGUGAUUGCUGCUCUCAGUAAUGCAGAGCUGGGGACCACGUUUCCUAGAAGUGGGGCACCCUAUUAUGUCAAAAAAUCUAUUGGACCCUAUAUUGCUUUCUUAUCUCUCUGGGUUGACCUGUUUAACACCCCAGCAGGAAUUGCUGCCCGUAACUUGUUACUAGCAGGAUACAUUAUCCAGCCUUUCUAUUCUGGAUGCUUGGUUCCUGAGAUGCCAAAGAAAUGUUUAGCUUUAGCCAUUUUGCUGUGUUUGGGAAUCCUAAAUGUUCAAGGAGUGAAAGUAGUGACUUGGUUUCAGACUAUCACAACAGUUGUGAAAAUGACAGUUCUCUGCUUCAUAUCUCUACCUGGAAUCAUGCUGUUGGUAAGAGGAAGAAAGAAAAAUAUAAUUAGGUUUGAGAACACUUUUGAUGCUGAAGUUCCAGAUGCCGUGCAAAUUGUAGAAGUCUUUUUCCAAGGACUUUAUGUGUAUUCAGGCUGGGCAAUCCUUACAAACAUAACAUGAGAAUUGAAAAAUCCUACUGAAAAUAUACCUAAAUGUGUGGUUACUGCUCUUAGCCUUGUGACACUGAUCUACUUACCAGCUAACAUUUCGUAUCUAGCAGUCUUAACUCCAGAAGAAAUCAUGGCCUCAGAUGCUAUUGCUGUUACCUGGAUAGAUAGAGUAAUCCCUUCUAUGCAAUGGGCUAUUUCAGUUGGAGUUUCUACCUCAAUAUUUAGCUCCCUUAAUUGUACAAUAUUUUCAAUAUCAAGGAUAUUCUUUGGUGCAAGUCAGGACCGCCAGCUACCUUUCAUCUUCUCGACUCUCAAUAUGCACUCCUGUCCAGCUGCAGCUGUGAUUCACGUACUCAUCUUUGCCUCCAUUAUGAUUAUUGCCACAGACGCAAUCAGUUUAAUAAACUAUGUGGGAUUCACAAUGUGGCUUCAACUUGGGCUACUGAUAGUAGCUUUACUUACACUGAGAAUCCAGGAGCCCAACCUACCCAGACCUUAUAAGGUAUAUUUGCCAUUUGCAUUUGGAACCAUAGCCACCUCUUUGUUCUUAGUUUUGACACCAAUGAUGAAGUCUCCUAAGAUGGAGAAAAAA